CGGACGCCAGUGCUGGACGCGGACUCGAAGGACGAUGCCGGCGAGUCCGAGGGGCUCUAGAUCGGUCGAGGAAGCAGCGGCCUGAAAUCACCGGCAACGACGAUGGCGAACGCGACUCCCGGCCUCAACCUCAGCUGCGGCAGCGGCCUCGACGCCUUCCACACGAGGUAUGCCUCGAUCCACGGCUGGGCCAGUCUUCUCGUCUGCGUCUUUGGCUCGAUCGCCAACGGCUUGAACAUCGCCGUGCUCACGCGGCGCGAAAUGUCCUCACCGACGAACGCCAUCCUCACGGGCCUCGCUGUCGCUGACAUGCUCGUUAUGAUCGAGUAUAUGCCCUAUGCCGUGCACUCCUACCUUUACCAUCGGCCCAAGCGCGAGACCUACACCUACGCCUGGACGGUCUUCGUUUUGUUCCACUCCAACUUCGCUCAGGUCUUUCACACUAUUUCGAUCUGGCUGACGGUGACGCUGGCCGUCUGGCGUUACAUAGCCGUCGCUCAUCCGCAGAAGAACCGCGAAUGGUGCAGCUAUAAGAGGACGAUCGUUGCGAUAGUGGCUGCUUACGUUGUCUGUCCGCUUAUUUGCUUUCCACUUUACGUAACGACCCAAGUCACGUCGAAGAAUGUUACGCUUGACGCGAAUGAUCGCCAGAUCAACAUUGGAAUGGACGCCAACAACGCUACUUUAUACUACGUAGCGCUUACCGAAAGCGCGCAAAAUGGCCUCAAGGAGAUGAAUUUCUGGAUGUACAGCGUAGUGAUAAAGCUGUUACCGUGUCUGGCGCUAACAAUACUCAGCCUUAGGCUCAUAUUGGCCCUGAUCGAGGCGAAGAAACGCCGCAAGAAGCUUACCUCGACCACGAUGCUCAAGGUGGAGGAGUCGAUAAAUCUGGCUGAGAGUAAAAAGCGUAGAAGAAAAGCUUCUCGGAUAAUGGACAACGAAAGACAAACUGACCGUACGACGAAAAUGCUGUUGGCUGUACUUCUGCUCUUCUUGCUGACGGAAUUUCCCCAGGGCACGCUCGGCCUUCUGAGCGUAGUAUUGGGUCCGAAUUUCUUCAAUACGUGCUACGUCAAACUAGGUGAAGCGAUGGACAUACUUGCCCUAAUAAAUUCCGCAAUCAAUUUCAUUCUCUACUGUGCGAUGAGCCGACAAUUUCGCAUGACUUUUAAUCAAUUAUUCUGUCGAUCGAAACUGUUGAACCGUUGGCUUCCGGUACCACUGCAUGCUGAAAACAACAAUGGCAAUAUGAUGACGAAUCACACGAUGACCCAAGUCACACAAGUUUAACAUCAGCUUGCCUGGUCAAUGUUUUGCUGUUAUCAUUCCUAAAAAUUAUCUACGAACUUAGACGUAAACGACAACAUAAAAAAACAAUAAGUGUCCCUUACCACAAAUGUAG